AUGGCCCCCGGAGCCACCUGGCUGACAAAAGUCAAAGUCCAGCUGAAGCUGGCCAUUGCGCGCUUGCGCAUGGUGCAGCAGCGUGACGAGCAGCUGGGAAAGACGCAACGACGCGCGAUGGCGCAACUCCUCGAGUCGGGCAAAGUCGACUCUGCCACGAUCCGCGUCGAGAACAUUAUCCGCUCCGACAUCAUCACCGAGCUGCACGAGAUGCUGGAACUAUAUUGCGAACUGCUGCUAGCGCGAUCCGGCCUGAUGGAAGGCGCGCAGGUCGACCCUGGCCUGGAGGAGGCCAUCCAGAGCCUCAUCUACGCGGCGCCAAAGACGGAAAUCAAGGAGCUGGCGACAGUGCGGCAGCUGCUCGCGGAGAAGUACGGCAAGGAGUUCGUGCUGGGCGCGACGGACAACGCGGAGGGCAAGGUCAACGAGAAGGUGGCCAGGAAGCUGAGCGUGGAGCCGCCGCGCAAGGAGCUCGUGCAGGGCUACCUGGAGGAGAUUGCGCGAGCAUACGGGGUCGACUGGCCGAAGCGCGAGAAGCCAACGCCGCCCCCCGAGUACGAAGAAGAUGACGACGACGACGAGCCCUCGGGCGGACAGGCGCAAAGAGUGCUGGAGCAGCCCAUCGCGGCGGAGCAAAAGUCGCUGGCUGCGGGUGAUGGCAAGGUGGCGGCGACGACGCCGGCGAGGCGGAGGGCGGCGGACUUGGAGGAUCCUGCGAGCCCGCUUACGGUGACGCCGCCGCGGCCGACGACGGAUAACGUGCACCCCAAGGUGACUAUGGGGUCGGUCGAGCUGAAGCCGAGUCCGAGGAGAGGGAGCGCUGCGAAGAAGCACGAGCCCGACGGCUCCGUCCCGGAUAUUUCUGACCUGGAGCAGAGGUUUGCGGCGCUGAAGAAGCGGUGA